AUGCUCUUUUCUAGGCACACACAUGUGUACCUCUCGAUGAAGAGAAGUAGCCUACGACUUUUUAGCCCAAUUAUAUUACCAAACUUCCAUUUGCCUUUAUUUUACAAAUGCGGAAGCAGAUACGUUAAGGGGAUUUCUCAUGAUGAACGCUACAGUAGCCUAUGCGUUUUUGUUUUACGGAUCCCCAUAGCUGCAACAAAGCAUUACAAUUGUAUAUAAUAAUUACGGAUUGUGAACGGUAGCUAAACAAUUAAUUUGCGCAUAUUGAAUAAGCUUAAUAUUUGUAAAGAUGCGUAAUUUCACCAUCAAAGCAAUGAACCCAACUCCAGCUACUCCUAUGGUAAAAGCAUGGUUUUGAGAUGAAGAUUACCGGGAAGAUCCUCACUCAUUUUCAGUCGUGCAGCUCACCCGUCGACAAAGAAGGAUACCUGUAUAAAAAGGGUGAGAGAAACACUUCCUAUCAGAAGCGCUGGUUCAUGCUGAAGGCAAACCUGCUCUUCUACAAGGACCGGCCCAACCACCGCGACCUGCUUGGCGUCAUUGUUUUGGAGGGCUGCUCAGUGCAGCUGUGCGAGUCUGAGGAGCAGUUUGCCUUUUCGCUGGUGUGGAGCGGUGAACCGGGCCUGCGCACCUACAAGCUAGCCGCAGAGGACCAGCCCAGCCAGGAGAGCUGGAUCAGGGCCCUGCUGUCGGCCAACCACGGCUACCUGGCCACGCUGGUCAUGGAUCUGGAGAAACAGUACAAAGAGGCCAUGAAAGCAUUUCCUGGUGACCCAUCCCAGCAGUCUACACUGGCUGGCCCAAACACAGAGAGGCCAACUCAGUCGCUGAUUUGGCUGAACUCUGGGACCGCGACCCUUUCACAGUACCUAGGGCCAAGUGUGGGAGCCGGGCAUAGCUUUAGCACAAAUGAAAUGCUACAAGUUCCUCCCAUUUCCUCUAAACCAACCAAUAAGAGGUCUCCAAAACUCUGGCCCAAGAGAAAUGCAAAUGUUGUACCUAUUAAUGUCCCAUCCCCGCCCCAAGGGGAGUGGUCAGUGACUGGGUCAGGACCCAAGGUGGAAUUUAGCGAACUACAUGAGGACUUUGGCAAGGAGGUGAAGGAGCUGAUUGCUGAUUGGUUGAGACAGGGACAGAAAGAUGUAAUUCAGGAAGAAGACUUAAUUGAUUUUGGUUGAUUCAGCAUGGUAUGUCACUUUAAGCAUGUAAACAGUCCAUACCAAAGGAGUCUGUACCAAUUGCAAUAAUGGAUGCCAACAUGAAUGAAUAUUUGUGAAUGUAAGAAAAUAUAUAAUGAUUAUUUUAAAAUAAAUGUUUUUUAGACAGUU